UGGCUAGCUUUUAGUCGGCCAGUAGCUGAAGGUGAACAGAUUCCACAGAAAACAAGUCAGAACGGCCCAAUUCGGAAAACAUGGAGACGGAGCAAUCAGACGGCUGAGUUUUAACUUUGGGGGCUUUUGUUUUGAUCAAAGGACUUUUGAGGCAACGCACACGUCUGGAUUCUGCAUAUAUCUGACAAGAACAACCUGAAGACCGUUUACAUGAGAAUUCUCGUGGGAAAACACGCUUUUCAUGGAUGUGGUUAAUAGAUAGCUAGCUAACGUUACAUUUGGAGUUUGGGAUUAUUGUUGCAAAGUUUCAAACCAGGAUACUGACAAACAUUUUACUGCAGUGAAACACGCAUUUUCCGUGCUUUUGUUUCAGGAUUGUUUGAUUUAGUUUAGGGGACUUUGAAUUUACAAAGAAUCGUAAAACCGAUGUGUUUUAAUUCGACGCGUUUGGGACGCCUGGUUGGGGGAAAGGUUCUCCAUUUUCCAGACCUUAGGCUAACAUUAUUGCUAGCUCGCUAGGUUAACUGUUAGCUCUCCUAAAAAUUUCAGAGGCCUCGUUACUCCAUUCAGAGGUGUAAUGUUACUGGCGUCGACUCGUUGGAAUAAUUGUGACUUUUCUGUUGAAGGGUUGCUCCCUUCUUUUAAAGCCAAAGUUCUUAAAUUCUCAUUGGUCACGAGGAAUUGGUCCUUCGCCCUCAUUAAAUUCGGUACCCUUGUGAUAUCAAACUAGCGAGGUACAGUACCCAGCGAAACAACUAACGUUAUCAUUAAGUUAAUUUAUCGAUGUAUCUUUAAAAGAAAAGGAAGACAACGCAAGCUUUUGGUAAAACUAGCCGCAAAACGUCCAGUUGGGUGGAAAGUUUGCAAGUAGCGUGUUUAUUUAAGACUGCUGGAGAAGCAUCCCAGUGGCCACGUUUGUAUGAAUUCGACUGGAAGGAGCAUACAAAUGUCCAGUUUCAGCUGAUUUGAGACGCGUCCCGUGAAGCGUUAGCUAGCCCACUUGAUGUGUUUAGUUCGUGUUUUUACGCUAAUGACUUUUUUGCUGACUGAAGGUUCAAGUCGCUUACAAUUUACACUGUAUCUUUUGGAAACGAUCAAAGCCCAUUCGGUUUCUAUAAAUGCGGGUGUUGCCAGUAUUAUAACGGCGUCGACGGGAGCGUGAUUAUCAGGGAAUGAAGAAUUGACAGUACAUAACCAACUAGUUACCGCAAAUUAAGCUUACUUUUGCCAGCUAUUUAUUUCCUCUUGCUCGAGAGAAGACUUAUAGUUGUGAUUUUUAUAUUUUGUUAUGUUCAAACGGUGUUUUAUUGCCAACUGAUUAAUAUUUUGUUACUUUGUCUCCACUGAUUAGUUAGCUUGCUAGCUAGCUGGACUUGUUCAUUUUGCAUUUCUGACGUAUGUCCAGCUGCCGAAUGCAACCGAAUACCAGCACGCACGGACACGAAAGUCACCUGUCUAAAAAUCCUGAAUAGCACAUUCAGAGCUUUGCCAUUUAUUCCACAAUUUCUGCUCAUUAACAACUGAGGACGAUUUAAAUACGAAGGAACGGACGUAACCAUUGUCGGAUGUUAGGGAUACCUUACAGCGAAAGUGGUGCACUGCUUCAUGUUUGUGAAGAUGGUCAUUGGAUGUAAACCGCUGGAAAAGUAGAUACGGAAGCCCAAUGAGUGACACACAGCCCACAAUCACUGACAGGUUUCCUAAAAAAGCAAUCAGAAGCAGCAGUAUUCUCAGCAAAGACCACCCCCCAGACAAGAAGCCCAAGAGUGACAAAGGCUCACUCUCACCCCCCCAUGAGUUUGACCCUACAGACGAUCAACUGCAGAGGAAAGUAGGCAGUGAGGUGGUGGAAGUCCGGCCUGAGUCCUGCGGGCUUGUGCAGAGAUGCGUCAUCAUCCAGAAAGAUGAGAACGGCUUCGGACUGACUGUGAGCGGAGACAACCCUGUGUUUGUACAACACGUCAAGCAAGAUGGAGCUGCUAUGCGAGCUGGUGUUCAGACGGGGGACAGGAUCAUUAAGGUUAACGGGACCUUAGUAACACAAUCAAAUCAUGUGGAGGUUGUCAAGUUGAUAAAAUCGGGCUCGUAUGUGGCCCUCACUGUUUUGGGGCGUCCCCCUGGGCUGCCCCAGAUUCCGCUGACAGAGGGCGAUGGCGAGCUGUCCUCCACGCUGGGGGGCUCGGCCGUCUCCUCUCCCCUCUCCACCCCCACCAUGGCCGGGGAGAGGGGCUUCAGCACCGCAGAGCCCCCCACCUCGCCGUUGCACGCCUGGGAAGAGAACAGCAGCGCACACAGCCAAAAGGUUGACAUCUUGCAGAGGAUGUUGUCGAAGGGGCUGCUGGAGUUACAGUCCUUGAAGCAGGAGUACAGUCGGAACCCCUCCCCCAAACUUGCACGUGAGAUCCAGGAGGCGCAGAAGCACAUUCCACAUCUGCAGGACCAGAUCAGCAAAGCCACCGCAGCUACGCAGGAUGGCCAGUGUUUGGACUGUGAUGAAGGUGGUGUGGUUGAAUGGGACCAGGGCAGCAACACUGACGGUGUCUGGAGUGGCCAUCAGAACUACCGGCCCUUCAGUUCCCCAGUUGGGGCGGGGUCUAGAGAUGGGGCCCUCAGAGGCUCCACCCCCACUGACAGCCCCCGCACUGCGCCACGAAACAGCCUCACAUCCUGGAACUCUCCGGAAGCAGACGCUGAGGAUGACCUGGACCCCCAAGCAGCGGUGGGGAGCCCCUCGUCUCGUCCAGGCCCCCAGAUUAUUGGAGCAGAGGAUGACUACUUUGACUCUGAACCCGACCAGGUGAAUGGCCAGUGCAGUUGUUUCCAGAGCAUUGAUCUGCUGAAGUCUCGGCCCGCCCAUCUCGCUGCUUUCCUGCAUCACGUGGUGUCACAGUUUGACCCUGUACCUCUGCUCUGCUACCUGUAUGCUGAGUUGUACAAGCAGACCAACUCCAAGGAGACACGCCGGGUCUUCAUGGACUUCCUAACCAUCUUUAUCGACCGAGGAGCGAACUUGAAAGUGCAGGUUCCGGAGUCCAUUUCUUCGGAGCUGGAGAGAAGGCGUCCUGAGCUGAUUCCAGAGGAGCUUCACAGACAGUACAUUCAGCAGAUGCAGGAAAAACUCUUACCAGACGUACAGCGCCACCUAGAGGACUUCAGGCAGAAGCGCAGUAUGGGCCUGACGCUGGCUGACGGGGAGCUGACCCGUCUGGACACGGAGCGGCUUAGAGACAGAGUGGCCCUGGAGAGAGAACGGUCCUGUGCAGAGAGCAUCAUCAGCAAGAUAGAGGACGUGCUGUUGACCUCCCAGCCCACAGAGGAAGACAAGAGCACCACCAUGCAGUAUGUGAUCUUCACCUACAUGAAGCACCUGGGUGUCAGGGUGAAGGAGCAGCGCAACCUGGAGUCCAAACGGGUCCGCAUCAACUUCCUGCCCAAGAUCAAAAAAAGCGCCAAGCCUCCAGAGAAAGAGGGAGAGGAGAAGGAGAAGGUCAAGAAAACUCGAUUUCCCAGCAUCCUCGGGCCACAGAGGCGUCUCAGUCGCAAUGAUGCAACGUCAAUAGGUCGUGCGAUGGACCAGAGUAAGCAGCGUCCCCAGAAGCAGCUGUCCCAGCCGGUGAUGGGUGUGUCGGAGCCGCUGGAAGGGAGUCGUCUGCGGGGCAGCCAGUCCAGCGAGGGCUCAGAACUCACCUACCCAGCCGGAUUCUUCGGGUCACCCCUCUGCAGCCCUUCAACCGGGGGCAUCUCCGACCCCACCGCCAGAGACUCCGACAGUGGCAUGUCUCCCUUCUCUGGGGCAUCGCGGCUGGCCGAUGGGCUGCUCUCUGACACCAUGGACAGCCCACUGUCCCCGCCCAGCGGCCUAGACCUCAGCCCCAGCAACCUGGAGCAGCUCCAGGAGGAGGAGAGGGAUAGCGACAGGUUUCUGGAGGGAGGUACACCCAAACUGCUGAGAAGGCUGAAUGUGGUGGGCUUGGCAGAGACCCAGAGCGAGGACGACCAGGGCUCGGAGAUGGACUCUGACCUGGACCGACCCAACUGGCAGCAGCAGGUGACCCGCGAGGUUCUGGCCAGUCUAACGCCCCACCAGAUCAAGAGACAGGAAGUCAUCAACGAGCUGUUCCACACAGAGCGCUCCCAUGUGCGCAGGCUGAAGGUGCUGGACUCGGUCUUCUACCAGAAGCUCACACGAGACAACAUACUGCCCCCUGCUGACGUCAAAAGCAUCUUCACCAACCUGGAGGACAUCAUCCAGAUGCAUGUCUCCAUAUCGGACCAGAUGAACUCCAUCCGCAAGAAGAACGACAGCCCUGUGGUCGAGCAGAUUGGAGAUGACCUGUUGGCCUGGUUUGGGAGCAGUGAGGAGGAGCGGGUGAAGCAGGCGGUGGCCACCUUCUGCAGUAACCAGCCCUUCGCCCUGGAGCUCAUCAAGACCAAGCAGAAGAAGGACACACGCUUCAGCUCAUUCAUGCAGGAGGCUGAGAGUAAUCGCCUGUGUCGGAGACUCCAGCUGAAGGACAUCAUCCCUGCUGAGAUGAUGAGGUUCACCAAGUAUCCUCUGCUCCUGGACAACAUCUCCAAAUAUACAGAGGAGGCAGAAGAGAAGGAGAAGGUUAAGAGUGCGGCUGACUGCUGCAGGCGUAUCCUGAGCUACGUGAACCAGGUGGUGAAGGAGGCAGAGAACAAGCAGAGGCUGGAGGACUACCAGAGGCGUUUGGAUCUGUCGUCUCUAAAGCAGAGUGAGAACCCCAUGAUCUCGGAGUUUAAGACCCUGGACUUGACCAAAAAGAAGAUGGUUCACGAAGGACCCCUGUCCUGGAAGGUGAACAAAGACAAGACCAUCGAGCUCUACACGCUGCUGCUGGAGGACAUUCUGGUUCUGCUGCAGAAACAGGACGAGCGUCUGGUGCUCAAGUGCCACAGCAAGAACCUGGCAGGAACCGCCGACACCAAACACAUCUUUAGCCCCGUCAUCAAACUCAGCACCGUCAUGGUCCGGUCAGUCGCCACAGAUAACAGGUCCUUCUUUGUGCUGUCCAUGUCGGACAACGGAGCUCAGAUCUACGAGUUGAUGGCCCAGACUGUGUCCGAGCAGAGGACGUGGCAGCGUCAGAUCAGCCAGAGGGCAGAAGCCAUGAAGGUGAAGCCACACAGUGUCAUCCCACUGCCUCAACCAGAUGGCGAGAGGGACGGUGUGGAUCUGAUCUCGGCAGGUGUGUCCAAACUAGGGAAGGACUCUGACCGUCUCUCCUCAGGAAGCGCCCAUUCUACAGUUGACCAGAGCGCUGUGUCCUUCACAGGGACGAUGAAGCCAGAUGAGGAAGACGAUGUCAUCCCAGAGGAAGGCUCGUACCUGGACGCAGAGGGGGCUGAUGGGAUGGCAUUCCUCCAGCAGCCGCCGGGCGGGGCCAAUGACGGCAGGGAUUUAGAACCCUACAGGGCGGAGGAGGCACUCAGAACCUUGUCGUCACUGAAGCAGGUGUUGCUGGCGCAGCUCAUGACUCAGGAGGAGAGCUCUCGCGGGGGCCGCGGCUCGGGCAGCCGUCUCCUGAGGACCACGUCGCUGCGCACCCCCGCCGCCGACUCCCCCAGCAGGGCGGCGAUAGAGAACGGCUCAGGGAGGCCGCCCGAGCCCAAGCCCGGACCCGGCCGCUGCCGCGGGGGACCACCGCCUCGGGGACCACGGGCUAGCCGGCGGCCGAGGACUAUGGGCUUCGGGGGUUCGGGCGAGAGCAGCACGGACGACGAGCUGGCGGUGGGGGCCAAGGGACUGGCCCUGUCGCGCGGCUGCGUGGGCGACUCGGGCAUCAGCCUGCGCUGCCCCUCGGGGUACCCUACGGGCAGCAUCUCCACCUUCAGCCGACAGGUCUUCACACACCUGCGCAACCUACAGGCCAGCCUCAACCAGCUCAAAGGUGAAAUGGAGACCAAGUACUUCAGUCUACUGCGCCAAAGGCAAGCAGGCCCGACGGAGGACCCCGAGGAGAGCAAAGAUAAGAGAUAG